GCAGAGGUUUUCAGGUAGCUCGAUAUUUAUUUGGCAGCCAGACACUUUUAUUGUAACUACAAUUUUAAGAAAAUACCAACCAAGACGACCAUGUCCUUGAGGGAAACACAUGACCUUACACUCAUCUCCAGAGAGGGACAGCACCAUGUGCUGACUAACCUCCCACUUAGAGCCUCUUCAGUCUUAUACGAGAGUUCCCAUGCAUUUGGGACUCCCAGCAGAUGUUAAUAUAUCACCCAUGAGUCUGCAGCCUGACCUUUGACUCUGAGAAGUUCCAACUAUGAGUCGAGCCAAGCAAGCAACGGAGAGAACGGUCAACGGUCAAAGCAAAGACACACUCCCGGCAGCAGUCAAGUGUGAAAGCCACAUUGCUCUCACUGCAUCUUGAAGCCACUCAGCCUUGAAUUUCCAAACAGACCUCGCCAUGAUGGAGACUGAGCAAACGGCUGCGAGUUGUCAUGCCCCGGGCCAAACUUCUGUCAGGACCUGGCUCUCCUCCAGCAUAAGAGCAGCACCCAGGACACCUAGUGACACUACCUCACGUUUCCAUGGAGACGGGGUUCGCUACAAAGCCAAGCUGAUCGGCGUUGACCCGGUACCCGACGCCCAGGGAGAAAAGAUGUGCUGGGACUCUAUGAUGAAGUUGAAGGGCUUUGAGGCAGCAGCAAGGAAACAAGGGAAACACAAGCAGAAAGUUUGGUUGAAAGUUUCCUCCAGUGGCCUGAGAAUCGUGGAUGAAAGGACUGGGGCUGUACUUUAUGACCAUGACAGGAGCAGGAUCAGCUCUUUGACCAAAGAUGAGUCUGACCCCAGAGCUCUGGCCUACGUCUCCCAGCACCGAGACACCUACUGCCUCUUCUACAUCAAGAUGGCCAACCUGGUGACAGCACACAGUACUACAUGUCAUGCAGAUCCAGUCCUGGUUGACAUUGAGGAGGUUUGUCAGAAUGUAGACCAGGAGACGCCACAAGAAGCUGCAGAAGCCCCGACACAAAACAAUUCCUUACUGCUACUAAGUGACACUUCAGCCCCUCCAGCUGAGGAACCAGUUUUUGAGGAUGUUUUCAGUCCACGACUAGAUUCUUCAUCAGGACAAUCAAACCAGGCCUCCUUUAGUAAUGAGCUGAUGGAAGUUUUCUCCAUCCAGAAGGAGGAGCCACUGAUGGCCAACCAGAGCUCAUGCACCAGUCAGCCAGAGCCUCCCCAGCCAAAACUCUGCACCUCUCAGAUCCUCUCCAUGUUCCCCUCACAGCCACUAGGGGGCUCUCCAUACUGCUCUCCCCCAUAUUCUCCCACAAGCACCAUGCCCUGGGGCCAGCAGGGGCCCCUGGGAAAUCAGUGGGCAGGUUCAGCUGUGGCGGCCUGUCCCACAAUUCCCAGUAGUAUGGCAUCAUGGGCACCAACAGACGUGGCAGUCGGCCAGAUUGUGGCUCAGGGGCCUCAGCCAAGAGUCAUGGGGGGAGGAAACACACUUGCUUCACCCACUGCUGUCAGCGGGUACCCCACCCGUUUAAAUUCCUUCUACUCCCCCACUGGAGCAACAGGACCACUACAGUCUGUGUCCCCCUCCUUAGAGCAGAAUCCUUACCCAUGAAAAUGGGAAUUGAAUUGAAAAUUGCUGCUUAUCAAGACCCAUGUUAAUUUAAAUCCAAUUUAAUUUCCUUUUUUUAAAUUUGCACAUAUUAUCAAAUAUUUGUGUUCAAGUAAACUGGAAGAUUUAUACAAUCAAACCUGUGAGUCAGAGUUACGGUUUGACAUA